GACGCGCGUCGACGAUGAGAUCCUUCACCGUGCGCGCGGAGAGCGCGUCUCGAGGCGCGGCGAACGAGCUGCGACGAAGCCCGGGCUCGCGCCGAGGGCCGAAGCGCAAGAUCGUGCCCAUACCGAGCGCGAGCGCGGCGAAAACGGCGGACGAGGACGAGGACGAGGACGGAGGUCUGGAGUACGAGCGUGAUUUUCGCGCGGAAGCGCCGCGCGGAGGCGAACGAAGCGCGAGCCUGACGUCGGCGACGGCGAGGGCGAAAGCGGACGCGACGCACGUGCCGUUCGUGGCGCCGAGACUGGCGAUCGGGAUCGCGAGCGAUGUGCUGGAACGGCUGUCGCGCGGGCCCGAGGACGGGUUCCGGGACGUCGCGGAUUUCGCUCGGAAGCUCGGAAGCUCGAACGACGUGCUGGGUGACAUUCAGAGGCGCACGGAGGAAGAGAUCGAUCGGUUGGAGGCGAUCGGGGUGAAGGCGACGGCGCCGGUGCGGGAGAUGGUGAAGGGGACGCUGCCGGAGGAGGUGUACGAAAAGUAUCUCGCGCCGGCGGUGGAGUACGCGGAGCGCGAAGGAUCGACGGAACGCGCGCGAGGCGAGGGCGAGGGCGAGGGCGUGAGUCACGAUGAUGAAUUCAACGAUGAUGCGGUGAACGCGGCGGCGGAUGCGGUGGCGGCGGCGAUGGCGGGGAUGGACGUCGGCGAGACGGACGCCGCGAGCGCGUCCGCGAGCGCGUCCGCGUCCGCCGCCAAGGCGGAACCGAGCGCGGAAGAAAACUUCGAAAACAUGGCUGCCGAUGCGAUAAUGUCUAGCAGCACGAUGUCGGCGUCGUACACGGCGCCAGAGACGACGUACGGCGCCCAGGCUCCGGACGUGCCCAAGCGCGCGCCGACCCCGGUGCCCGUGCCCGUCGAACCCGUCGCCGCGACGCCAGCGGCGUCCGAGCCGAUCUCCACCGAAGCUUUCGACAAAACCGUGGGUUACUGGCGCAAAAUCUCCGCCGAGUGCCCCGACGAAGAGCCUUUGAUGGACAUCAUGGACAUGAACGUCGUCUUCCGUCAAGCCGCCGGUUUGCUCAACUACCUGCGCGUCUCCCGCCCGACGCCCACGUCCUGGUCCGUCGCCUCCAACGCCGGCAUCAUCUCCAUCGAAGAGUCGUACCCGAUCGACGGCACCCCGACCGCGACCCCUCGUCGGGACUUGCGCUCGGGCGACCAAACCGGCGUCGUCUCCGCCGACGCCGACGUCGUCGUCCUCUCCAUCGCCUGGUCCGACCCUCUCGCCGGUCGCCAGACGGAAACCUUCCGCGUCGACGACGACGGCGCGCUCGUCCGCGACGUCCGCGUCACCCUCGACGGCGGCGACGAGUGGUCCGGCGUCUAUCGCUACGCGCGCGCGUAGCCGCGCAGCCGCGCCGCCGCCGCGCGUCAAUAUCAUAG